AUGUCAACAAUCACUCGUGAUGAAAUGAUUAAAUUAUUUCAAGAAAUAAAAGAGGAAAUACGAAAUAAAGAGAAAAAGUUAAAUGAUUUAAAAGAUCGAUCACCAUUGAACUUCGGCGAUCAUGAAGAACUAAUGAGUGACCAAAACUAUUAUGUUUUGACAGGCUUAACUCGAGAUCAGUUUAACGAUUUGUGCUCUUACAUACCGCCAUUCACUUUACGGCAUAGUGAUAUUAGAACACCUAGAAUGGCAAUUGCUAUGCUAUCAGUUAAACUUCAGUUAGGUUUAAGUCAUCAAGCAUUAUGUUGAUUGGAAGAAAAAAAGCAAAUCACUAGAAUUUUAGACAGUGCUUGUUCUGCGUUAACACAGUAUUUUGCACCUAAACAUUUAGGUUUGGAUAUGUGCUACUAGCUCAGCAGUUACUGGCGGAUGAUGAUCCGACCAAAGCUAUAAUUAUACUAGAUGGAACGUAUGUCUAUAUACAAAUCGGCAAAUGGCCGUGUAGAGCAAUGGCAUUUCUUUAGUAACGUGAUGCCAAAUACGAUGACAGAGAAAAUAGACGAUUAUUUCGAAAUCGUGUGUGCUUUGAUAAACUGCUAUAGACCAGUAUUUGUUAAAGAUACAAGCAAAGAUAAAGAAAUUGCCCAACAAAUUCUACAAUUGCCUAGUGAGACCAAUAAAAUAAAAGAAUAUAUCGAAAAAAUCAAAGAUAAAACGGAAAGCAACCAAAGUAGACUAAUCUAAACGCUACCAAUAGUGUUGAUAACUUUCCGAAAAUGAAUUAUGAUGAAUUACAGAAGCUAACACUGAGUUCAUACCAGUUAAAACAAGCACGUUCCUAUACUACAGAACAUUUAUCAGAGGACGGAGCAUAUCUCGUAAAAGUCACAAACCAAAGGCAGGACCUUUUGCGAGCACAAAUACAAUCUCGUCACAGAAAUGCUGUGAAACAUGACCUAUACAUACAAUAUAACACGACAAAGGUUACAGGCUGGUAUUGCAAAUGCCCAAACGGGAGUCGUGUAGUUGAUUGUUGCGCCCACAUAGCUUCAGUAAUAUAUUACCUAGCUUUUGCUAGGUAUAAUCUACAACACCUACAACCUUGAUCAUUCAAAUACUACACCUCAUUAACUGAUGCUGUGGACUAUUCUGAUGUUUCAGAUGCAGAAAUAACUGACGAAGACGAAGAUGACUCAAAUAUACUAUAUCAUUUAGUCUAACCGCUUUAUCUUUCUCUAUUCCUGCCGACGUUUGCCUUGUAGCCAACUUUUGACGUUUUCACCUCGACUUCCAUCUUGACUAAUUCAACAUAGAUUUAUUCAUCCAUUAAUAUACAUAAUAUCAUUCUUGUACAUAUUGUUUAUUGCUUAUCGAAAUAUUUUAAGAAGUUGAUUAAUAUAAAAAAAUAAUAAAAAAACAAAAAAAACAUACCCGGUCGAAGAUAGAAUGGGCUCUACGUGCCGACCGGGAUCAACACUGCGUUUUACAGUGGCUAACAAUUCUGUUAACAUCAGUAUAAUAUCAACUUUUGAUAAAUAUCCCAAAAUUCAUGAUUAUCGCGUUGCUGUCAAAAAAUCUGAGAAGUCACAUGAGAAUUCUCUUACGAAAUCUAGUCUCAUCGCAGUAAUUCUAAUAUUUGAUCAUGUUCCACAUUUUUCUUCCCUAUUUUUGACGUCAUAUUCGGAUAGAGCAUGAAAAACUGCAUCGACUUUAUAAUGUCGUUGUUAGGUUCCCCAACGUCGGCAACCGGCAAUAGUCUUCUAUUAGCAUCCUGCAGUAAUAUUGGUUUUUCUCGAUGAAAACUUCAUGCUUUUCGAAUUUUGACCAGAAAUUCAGAAUCAGCAUCAAAUUCCGUAUCUGCUGAUGUAUGAAUCAAAAGAUUUUGAAAAAAAAUUUUCGAUGGUCCUGGGGUCCUCCUACCGGUGCAAAACUACAGGUAAACAAUGAAAGUCGUUUUUCGACAGAAAAAAAUACCUCAUUUUACUCAGAAUUUAAUGCUGAUUCCGAAUAUGUAAUUCUUUUUCAAAAAUAUUUUGGGCAAAAACAUGGCCUUACCGCCACUUGUCCUUUGUUCUUAUCUUAUUUUAUUCUUUAUACAGAAACCAAAAGGAUUUCUCUGUAGGAAAGUUUAAAUAGAAUCAUAAUAGAAUAAACUGUAGAAGAAAUCUAACUUGUCAUAAGAAAAUAUUUUCUUUCCUUUUGUUCAUAUGGAGUCGAAGUAAAAAAUCAUUUUUGCUAGCGCCUUAUAGAUUUGACUGACACUGUCCUAAUAAUGAGCUUGUAGAUCUAUUACUUGGUUAAUUCGCUUGAACGAGUAAUCGUCAUUCCUUUGUUGUUGAAAUAAUCUACUGUGAUGUCGCACAAAUUAUUUAGCGUUGUUAUUAACGCUAUUAAGAUUGAGUAAAGAAAAAUAAAGACAUAUAACAUACCAGCUAGAUUGCUUAAUAUAUACGAUGCUUUGUGCGAUCCAUUCUUGUUUCGUCGACACUAAUUAAACUAUUCUUGUUUCGUCGACACUAAUUUCUUGCUCGUUUCGUCGACACUUUUUUUAUCUUGAUUCGUCGACAAAAUGUUUUUAAUCAAUUAAACUUGAUUCUUGUUUCGUCGACACUUUUUUUUAUCCG